AUGGUUAAAUACGAAAAAGACAAAGAAGCAAAAUAUGCGGAAACUAUUAACGAGGAAGAGAUGGGUCAAAGAGUUGAAGGCCAAGAAAACUACUGGGACAAGGAACCGGAUAUUGCCGUUCACGCUUCCGCAUUCGUUAUCUCCCAGCCGUAUUCGUUAUCUCCCAGCCAUCAACCCCACAUUGCUCCCGGAUUCGUUCGCGGAUGCGCAAGACAUUUUCGAUGA